AUGACAGCGUUGCAGUUCAAAGAUUACUUUUGGGGCCCGAAGUUUACAAGUAACUCUGGAUAUGAGAUUCUUAUCCAGAGGCUGUGCGAUGGACGGCGAGCAUGCAAAGACAUGGAAGAGCUUUUAAAGAUGAGGGCAAUGGCAGAGGAAAGGUACGGCAAGGAAUUGAUUACUAUUGCACGCAAGACAGGAGGACAAACUGAAAUUGGCACUUUAAAGGCAUCCUUUGACCAACUAAAAGCUCAAAUGGAGAACAUCGGAAAUUUGCACAUUCAGCUUUCUGGGAUGUUACGAGAAGAGGCGAAACGAAUGGAGCACUUCAGAGAGCGACAGAAGGAGCAGCGGAAAAAGUUUGAGGGCGUCAUGGAAAAAGUUCAGAAGAUUAAAGUGUCAUUAUAUAAGAAAACCAUGGAGUCUAAAAGGACAUAUGAACAGAGGUGUAGAGAAGCUGAUGAAGCUGAACUGACUGCUGAGAAGCUCAACAGUACAUCCACUGUCACUCCUAAACAGUCUGAAAAGACACAAAACAAAGCAAAACAGUGCAGGGACGCAGCAACAGAUGCAGAAAAACAGUACAUAUCUAACAUAGAGCAGCUGGAUAAGAUUCGUCAGGAAUGGGAAACCACACACGAGUUGACAUGUGAGGUUUUCCAGCAGCAGGAAGAUGAUCGCAUUAACAUUUUGAGAAAUGCCAUUUGGGUGCACUGUAACCAUUUUUCCAUGCAGUGCGUCAAAGAGGAUGAGUGUUAUGAGGAAGUGAGGACUACUUUAGAGAUGUGUGACAUCACGGAAGACAUAAACAGCUUCAUCAAGACCAAAAGCAUUGGCAACACUCCUUCAGUGCCCAUUGUGUUUGAGAACUAUUAUGAGAAAGAGCAACAGGCAGACAGCAAUGGCAUCAUCCGCUUUGGAGGAGGUGUGAUGAAGAGGUUUUCAAAUCUCUUGCAAGGCAACUGUGCCAUUGGCUCCAGGAAUAAUAAUGAAUGUAUUGUGCCGUCAGCACCUCCAUCGGCUGACAACUCAGAUGGAGUUUAUGCCUCAAUUCCUGGAUUUCCACAAGAAACCUCAAACAUCACCGCUUCUGAGAGUGGCAAAUACCAGGCCAUAUAUGACUAUGUGGCUCAGGGCCCAGAUGAGCUCUCCAUCUCUGUGGGUGAAGUGCUGCUGGUGGUGGAGCAGGGUGGAGACGGAUGGUGGACGGUGGAGAGAAAUGGUCAGACUGGACUGGUGCCAGGUUCAUACUUGGAAAUAAUAUGAAUCAA